AGAGCUGUUUUGCUAUAAGAUCAGCAGUCUAGAGGAAACUGAAAAUGAUUGCAAAGUGCAAAUACGAUGUGGUCAUCGUCAUCCUUCCCACCAUCUUCCCCCUUAACUAUCUGCAAACCAAGGUCAAAUUCUUUCCUCUCACUAGCCCUACCAACCAAAACCCCAAAUUCUCAUGUAGACGUCGGCGACGGCAGUUCUUCUGAGGCGACACCUUCUAUACCACCGUUCCAUGUCAAAUCCAUCACAAGCACAUCAAAUCCAUUUGUGAAGCAUUGCGUAAAGCUUCGCAACAGCUCAUCUUAUCGCCAUUCUCAUGGUUCUGUUCUUCUUGUUGGAACUACUCCACUCAGGGAAAUCUACAACUUUCAAGAAUCAAUGCAAGAAAAGCCAACAACAAUAGAUUGUUUACUUUUACAUGAAAAAGCUUCGGUUCCAGAAGAGUUUGUUGAAAGUGGUGUUCAUGUUGUUCGUGUUAAUUCAAUGGUGAUGAAGAAACUUUCUGGACUUCAAUCCACGGAAUCCAUUGAUGUGGUUUCUUUAGUGAAAAUUCCGUCAACUUUUCACUCUUUAGAAAACAACGACCAUCAAGAUUUUUCAAAAUGGUUCCCAUCUGCAUACCGAAUUCUUGUUCUUGAUGGAAUCCAGGAUCCUGGUAAUCUUGGCACGUUAUUAAGAUCGGCGGUGGCAUUCGGAUGGGAUGGAGCAUUUCUACUCCCCGGAUGUUGUGAUCCAUUCAAUGAGAAAGCACUUAGAGCAAGCCGAGGCAGUCCGGGCAGCAAAAAUGAAUCAAAACCAGUGUCUUGUCUCUCUCAUGAACUUGCCCGAAUUUUAACAAAUACAAAAGUUUGUCUAGUUUUGGGUAGUGAAGGGAGUGGGCUCUCCAAAGAAUCCCAUGAGGCAUGUGAACUAAUAAACAUUAGAAUGGCAGGGGAAUUUGAGUCCUUAAAUGUUUCUGUUGCUGGAGGCAUUUUUUUGUUCAUGUUACAACCUCAAAACAAGAAGUUUGAUUAA